UUACUAAUAAAAUAAAAUGUUUAUAUAAAAAGUAAUUAAGCACAAAUUAUCAAUGUGAAAUUAAAAUUAAAUCAUUUGAUUAAUACGAGAGUUCGAUUUUUGACAAAAACAAUUUUAAGAUAAUAUUUAUUAAAAAGAAACGGAGAAGAGAAGAGAAGUGUAUGGAAGAAUUGGAGUGUAACAGCCUCAGCUGCAAUUGAUGACAUUCACAUUCACGCGACGGUGCACUGAGUGAGUAAUUGCCUACUUUAACCUUUUCUCACCGCUGCCACCAACGCCCUCUACCAUGGACUCCGUUCCGUUUCGCGAUGGCAGCAUACACACCAUUCUCGACUCCCGAUAUUUUCACUCUCCGCUGGAUGUUAGUCAUAGUUUGCACACUCAUUCCUCGUUGAUUCGGAGGCUUUCUCAAGAAACGGAGUUAGAGGGUCACACUGGCUGUGUCAAUGCGGUGGCUUGGAAUUCCAAAGGUUCGAUACUGAUAUCCGGAUCAGAUGAUUUACGGAUCAAUAUUUGGAGCUAUUCUGGCUGGAAACUUUUACAUUCAAUUGACACAGGACAUACUGCAAAUAUAUUCUGUACUAAGUUUAUACCAGAAACUUCUGAUGAGCUUGUAGCCUCUGGAGCUGGAGAUGCUGGAGUCCGGUUAUUUAAUUUGUCUCGCUUAAGUGGGAGUGGAUUUAGUGACAAUGCCAUCAUUGCUCCAUCUGCACAUUACCAAUGUCACACUCGAAGAGUCAAGAAAUUGGCUGUUGAAAAUGGAAACCCCAAUGUAGUAUGGAGUGCUAGUGAAGAUGGGACCCUAAGGCAACAUGAUUUUCGGGAAGGUACCUCUUGUCCUCCAGCUGGAUCUUCGCACCAAGAGUGUCGAAAUAUUCUUCUUGACUUACGAAGUGGAUCUAAAAGGUCACUUGCUGAUCCUCCUAAACAAGUCCUUGCUUUAAAAUCUUGUGAUAUUAGUUCAACUAGACCACAUUUGCUUCUUGUUGGUGGGAGUGAUGCCUUCGCACGCUUAUAUGAUAGAAGGAUGCUGCCGCCUCUUAGCUCAUGUUGGAAAAGAAUGUCUCCACCUCCUUGUGUUAAUUAUUUCUGUCCAAUGCAUCUUUCUGAUCAUGGACAUCCAAGCUUGCACUUAACUCAUGUUACAUUCAGUCCUGAUGGACACGAGGUUCUCCUCAGCUAUAGUGGAGAGCACGUUUACUUGAUGAAUGUAAAUCAUGCUGGAGUGAAUGAGAUGCAAUAUACUUCAGGGGAUGAUUCAAAGCUGAUGACAUACUCUCCAACAAUUAAUGGGACAGAGAUGCAGCCUUGUGUAUCUAAUGUCUUCCCAAAUGGAUUUCCUAUUAAAAAGAACAUCGCUGCAAAGCUUGACAAGUGCAGGAAACUAAUAAAAUAUGCUAAGAAAUCAUUGGACAAUGGGACACCCUAUUAUGGAAUUGAUGCAUGUAAUGAGGUUUUGAAUGGCUAUAGCCAUAUUAUUGGGCCUGCACUGAAACAUGAAUGCUUGUGUACUCGUGCUGCACUAUUGGUCAAGAGGAAGUGGAAAAACGAUGCUCAUAUGGCUAUAAGAGACUGCUAUGCUGCAAGGGAAAUUGAUAAUUCCUCUUACAAAGCACUAUACUAUAUGUCAGAAGCAUUGUCACAGUUGGGUAGACAUGAAGAUGCUUUGGAGUUUGCUGUUGCUUCCCAUUCAUUGGCCCCAUCCAAAUCUGAAGUUGCAGAAAGAGUAGCGAAUGUGAAGAGGGACAUUGCUUUGGCUGAAGCUGAAAAAAGUAGUAAGACCAAUGAUGGGGCAUCAAGGUUUGAUAGUAGGGGUGGACGAAUAUUAUCAUUAAGUGACAUACUCUAUCGUCCUGGGUCUAAUGGUGAUCCUCCACAAGAUGGUUCAAGAUUAGAGAGGGAUGAUUCUGAUUAUGACGAGGAAUUGGAGUUGGACUUUGAAACAUCGAUAUCUGGUGAUGAGGAACAUGAUCUUGAAUCAAAUAUUCUUCAUGGAAGUUUAAAUCUUAGAAUUCAUCGGAGAGGUGACUCCAGAGACAAUGCUCGUGCAAGUGGCUCAUGCGAAUCACCUUCAUCCUCGUCACAGAACAGUAGAACUUCUUAUCAGCCUGAACCAGCUGUUGAUAUGAAACAGAGAUUUGUUGGCCACUGCAAUAUUGGGACUGACAUAAAACAAGCCAGUUUUCUUGGUCAAAGAGGUGAAUAUGUUGCUAGUGGAAGUGAUGAUGGCAGAUGGUAUAUUUGGGAAAAGCGUACGGGCAGACUCAUAAAAAUGCUGAAUGGUGAUGAAUCUGUUGUAAAUUGUGUUCAAUGCCAUCCAUUUGAUUUUGUUGUUGCAACCAGUGGGAUUGAUAGCACAAUAAAGAUAUGGACUCCAAAUGCUCCUGUUCCAUCUUCUGUAGCUGGUGGUUCAGCAGGACCAGAAACUGGCGAUGUGUUGGUUGCUAUGGAGAGCAAUCAACAAAAACUAUCUCGUAGCCAUAAUUCUAUCUUGCCAUUUUUGGAACCGUUUAGAAUGCAGGAGUUUCCUGAAGGGCCAUUACGCUUGCGUCCGUUUGAAUGUGCUCAAAGCUAAAGGUUUGCUAAUUUUCAUCCGGUGGGUGCUCUAUUCGGUUGUGUGCAUAUGAAUCUGGAUUGAUUAGUGAUGACAUUGAUGGGGAGGAGCCAUUAUCGGUGGGUAUGUGGUAUGAGCUUUUGACUAUGGAAGGCAUUUUAAGGACGCGCGGAAUAAUCUGGAACGUUGAAAUAAAUCCUGGGUGUUAUCCCGGAUUUUUUUUUUUGGUAAAAAGGUAUUAUCCUGGAUUUAUUUCCUGGCCUGCUGAUGAUUUGAAGAAAGAGUUGUACAAAUUUACUGGUUGCCAUGGUUGCUGAUAUAAUGUGCAUAGUAAAAGGUGGUCUCUGAAUUAAAAAUAUUACAUUUUGUUAGAUUUAAUCUUUGUAUAGUAAAUGAUCUCAAGAAAUCCUGUUAGUUUGAACACGGAUAUUAUAAUAGUACUUGCAUUUUAAAAUAAAUAAAUGGUAAAUAGUUUAAUAACUA